AUGAGCAGAAGGACAAGGCCGGGAGCUGGGCGCCGCACCUCCGGGCCCGCAGGGAGGUCCAUGAUCUCCUCUCGACCUGCGCCGCGGAGCUGGACUCCAUGCCCACGAAGGAGCCUGAAGAAGGUGAUGACCGACCAUGUCUUGAAAAGUGACCGGGAAGCGAUCAGGAUGAUCUGCAAGCGGAUCCAGCAAGAGGAGGACGCGAAGAUGGCUCAGCAACGUUUGGUGCAGGAGCGCAGCACAGAAAUCAGGCAGGGUUUCGAGUUGCGCACGCAGUACAACGACGUGCUGAUGCAGAUGUCUGGCCAGCAGCCCACGAGGGAGCCCCGCCGUGGGCACGCGUCCGCCAGGAGGGUCCAGGAGCUCGCGCAGCCACGGCCCGCUCCGCCCGUGAGCAACGUCACCAAGGAUCUCUCCGACUUCCGCGGCCUGCUCCACGUCGACCACCAGUUCGCCCUCGAGGCGCGCUUCCCCGGCAUGGGCCACGACCUCGCGGCAGAGGCGAUGCGGGAGGCGACACAGAGCGCCAGGGCCACCGUCAAGCAGCCGGUCCAGAAGAAGCAGUCGCUGUC